AUGACCCAAGAUACGACCGUGCCCAAAUUGGUCACCGUCAUAAUAACAACUUCACCAACGCCGUCUGCGCCUUCAACGGAACUUGUUUCGGCAAUUCUCGAGUCGUUUGAGCAACAUUGUCAUGCUUUGACAUUAUGCAACGUCAUUGUUGUUUUUGACGCUUUUGAUCAGAUAGUUCCGACAGCGCGAUUGAAGAAAGGGCAAGUCACGCCUCAGCAAGCAGCGGAUUUUGACGAAUACAAGAACAAUGUCAAGCAGUUGAUACUCACGAAAUAUCGCCAUGUCGGUGCUAAGUUCACCCAACGGCGUGCUACGGCGGAGUAUGGUAGUCCCAACCCCCAGAACACCGUUGACUACACGAUAACGCAAACCGGCGACAAGAAAGUCACGUUUAUAGAGCCGUUGAGACGUCUAGGAUUCGGCCUUGCAGUCAGAUCAGCCUUGAAGGUAACCCAAACUCCUUUCGUCUGGGUGCAGCAGCAUGAUUGGUCUUUGGUUGCUGACUUGCCCAUCCAACCUCUACUUCAAAUAAUGAAAGCGCACGAUUCGCAUCCAGAAACCCCCAUCAAGUACAUAUGCUUAGCUGCUGUGCGUAUGCUCUCAUAUGCCAUCUCUGAGCAGCAUCAUGUCCUACGGGAAUUAUCAUCAUCUCUUACGGGAAAUUACGAAGAUCCGACGCAUCCUGGUGUUAGGAUACCCUUGACGCCCAUGUACUUCUGGCACGACAAGCCUCAUAUCGCAUCAACAGCACAUUACCUUGAGAGGGUGUUUCCUUCGCGCCUUGCUAUGCUUCGAGGGGACUUUAUUGAGGACAAGAUUGGACAGAGAGCUCGUGCCCAGAUGAAGGAAGGUCUCGGAGGACUUGGACGGGAGCUGAGCGUCAUGCCGAUAGGGCUGCUAUGUGGAGAGAGAGAAAUGAGGCUGAACGGGCAGCUCAAGACGGUGGCUGAGCUGGAUGAGGAUGAGAUCUACGAGAUACCCUGA